AGAAAAAACGAAACACAAAACAAGCAGCUAAACACUCUGCGUUCGGCAUCUGGUUUCUUCUUUCCACAACUAGUUUUCAUUUUUCAAUUCCCCUUUUUCAUCUUCAACGCCAAUCACAAAGGAUAUAAAAAGCCCUAGAAUAAUCUACACAAUAUCAGUCUAAAAUUUCCAUUUAAUUCGAAAAACAAAAUCCAGCGGAAUUUCAAUUUCAAUUUCAAUUUGAAAAACUUCGCAGCUUUUUUGCAAUCAUGGAGAAAUCGGUGAUGGUGGUGGGGAUGGACGACAGCGUUCACAGCUACCACGCUUUGGAGUGGACCCUACAGCACUUUUUUACCCCUUCGCCGGAAAAAUCCCUUUUCAAACUUGUGAUUGUGCACGCCAAGCCUUCUCCCGUCACCGCCGUCGGCCUCGCCGGUCCCGCUGUUGCAGGGGCUGCUGAGGUGAUUCCUUAUGUGGAUAGAGAUUUGAAGAUAAUUGCGGCCAGGGUUUUGGACAAGGCCAAAGAAAUUUGUACAGCUACAGAGGUGAAUAAUGUGUUAUUCGAGGCGGUGGAAGGUGAUCCUAGGAAUGUACUAUGUGAGGCUGUCGAAAAGCACCAUGCCUCUGUAUUGGUUGUCGGUAGUCAUGGUUAUGGAGCAAUAAAGAGGGCUGUUUUAGGGAGUGUAAGUGAUUAUUGUGCUCAUCAUGCUCACUGCUCUGUGAUGAUUGUGAAGAAGCCUCCAAAGAUCAAGCACUAAUCUAAAUCCACUACUUCAUUUUGCAAGUUAAAUUGAACUAUGUAUGUGAUUGAUUGAUUCUCUUUGUAUUGUUGUGUGUAUGCAUUAUAAGUUGUGAAAGCAAGAAAUCUUUACUGUGUGACGUGCUUUAUUUGUUCUUAAAUAAACAAAUUACAUUAUGUACUUUUUUUCAUAUUAAUGGAGACUGUAUUUUAUUUCUUA